GCAUGGUGGAGGUUGGAGGAUGUGGGGGUGGAUUAUCUUUCAAAAAUAUUAGUGGACUUCCUUUCGGACACUAACUAUCGAAAUUGACAUUUAAGUUCCCAUAAAGAGAAUCAGCGUAGUUAACCGGAACGUUGUGGUUUGUGUCGGAAGUGAUACUAUGGGUCACCCUUUAUUUCUUUUUUUACAGUGUUUUACACAGAAGUGCUGCAUCUAACCCAUAUUUCUGGUCAUGCCUCUGUUUCAGAUGACUGUUUGGUGGCAGGCUCUCAUCCUCCUUUGCUGCGUCCUGAACUGUGUGGAGUCCUCUUCUCCAUCUCCAGUCCUUCAGAGGAAUAAAUACAACAACUCCUUUCGUCUCACAAGGUCCACCCGAACCCGUGUCCAGCAGCUGCAGAGGAAAUAUAAGGAGCAGCAGUUGGGGAAUAAGCAUUUUGAGGACAGAAACCGGCAGUUAAAGGACCUGCCAUUGCUUUCUACAGAUUUCGACAGCUGGCUGGAGCUGACGGACUGGGAACGACUGCACGCUGCUUUCUGGGACAUGCAGGCCUAUUGGAAUAUGCUGGAACGGAAGAGAAAACAGCUGGAGAGGGAGGAGAGAGAGCAGCUGGUGGCCCGGGCGGUCGGCACCACUUUACCUCAGAGCAUCAGGCACAUUCAGCUGGACCUGAGGGACCUGAUGAGCCAAGUCAGCAGUCAGAUGAGUUACAUGAGGAACUCUUGGACGAAGCCAACCUCUCCUACACCGUUGAACCCACAAACCAGAUCCAAAACAGAAUGGGACAGCCGAGUGGAGGGUUACAUCAUUCUGAGGGAUCUAGACCUUUACCUCACCAAGCUGGCAAGAGACUUCCUCUUACUGGCUUCGAAAACACACUUAUGACUGAAAACAGAACACUGACAACACACACAUGCACACAAACAGGCAAAACCAAGAAACGACUGAACUGAAAAGCAGCAGCUAAAUUGGAAUAAUAGUUGUGAUAACUUUAGUGUUUUAUUGGUGUCUUUUUACAUGAUGUUUUACUGUAUGUUUAAGGGCUUUCCUGGGUAUUUCCCACAGUUUCUGUCUCACCUCUAACUGUAAGUUAGCAAUAAGCUCCGAGAGAACACUUCCCAACAUGCUGUUUUUCCCCCCAAGCCCUCAGUCUACUGGACUUUCCAAAGAUAUAUUUGCUAUUUAUUGACAUAUUUAUUAAGAUGAUAUUU